CCCGCGCCGUGAGGCCGUAGCUGAGGCGGGGCCGGCGCGGCGACGGGGCCGGGCUGGGGGCGGUGGAGGCCGGGCCGGGCGGCAUGAUCGGCACCGUGCUCUGCUACGUGCUGUUGCCGGCGGCGCGGCUCCUCCAGGCCCUCCGAGAUGCUUUCUUUACCUAUCGAAAGAAUGUGCUUCUGGCGAAGAGCCCGUCCACCCAGAUAGAAGGUGUCUUUGCUGCAACCAGAGGAAGAUCAGCUCCAGAAGAGCAAGAAGUCCUUCUCCAGCAGUGGCUGGAGGAAGGAGUAGGGAAUUUGCCAGCCAGUGAGAGUGUUCCAUCAGUCAGGAAGGUAUCAGUUACACUCACUAGUGACUGGUUAGAAGGUUCACAGCUAUUGAUGACCAGCCUCAGCGAUCUGAAUACAUCUCCAGAAGUCACCCAGUGUGCUGAUCAGCAGCACUCAGAGCUAAAUGCCUUGGCUUCUUCAGAACUGCAAGAUCAUGCAGUGGCAGAACUGGCAAGAUUACCAUCAGAGGAAACAGUGACUGUAGCAGGCAGUGCCCCUUGGGCAGCUGUGGUGCCACAGGCAGAUCACCAGACAGCUGGCUGUGCUGGUAUCAACGUGGAAGUGCUGAAUGAUGACCCAGCUGUGCUGGCCUGGAGUUUAGCAUGUGAUGCAGAGACGGUGCCACCAGUGCUCCCAGCCCAGCCCAUUCAGGAUGCGGUGCCAUUUUAUCCUGUCUCAACGGAGGUGCCCUACCAUGAGAUCUUAUGGAGAGACUGGGAGGAUCUUUCUGUCCAGCCCUGUGUCUUAGAGCAGGUCUCAAAAAACACUCCCCUCUUUGAAUUUCGAGUCAUGUCUUACAACAUCCUUGCCCAGGACCUGGUGGAGCAGGGCCUUGAUCUCUAUGUACACUGCCAUCCAGACAUCCUGAACUGGAACUACCGCCUUCCAAACCUUUUGCAGGAGAUCCAGCAUUGGGAUCCUGACGUUCUGUGUCUCCAGGAGGUGCAAGAGAAUCAUUACUGGGAGCAACUGGAACCAACAUUCAAGGAGAUGGGCUUUGCUUGCUUCUAUAAACGGAGAACCGGGACGAAGACAGACGGAUGUGCAGUGUGCUAUAAGCGCAGCAGGUUCCAGCUGAUCAGUCUCAGCCCCAUAGAAUACUUCCGGCCUGGCCUGGACGUCCUCAACCGCGAUAAUGUGGGCUUGGUGCUGCUGCUGCAGCCUGUGCUCCCCGAAGGUCUGGGUCUGGAGGCAGUCAGUCCUUUGUGUGUGGCCAACACUCAUGUGUUGUUCAAUCCCCGUCGAGGAGACAUCAAACUGGCCCAGGUGGCCUUGCUGCUAGCAGAGAUUGACAAAAUUGCAAGAACUACUGAAGGCAGCUACUAUCCUGUCAUCUUGUGUGGAGACCUGAACUCUGUACCUGAUUCUCCACUCUACAAAUUCAUCCGGAAUGGUGAACUUUCCUACCAUGGGAUGCCAGCCUGGAAGGUGUCUGGUCAGGAAGACUUUUCCCAGCAAUUGUAUUCACGGAAGCUGCUGGCCCCGCUGUGGCCAAGCUCACUGGGUGUCACAGACAAGUGCCAGUAUGUCACCCUGUGCCAGCCAAAGAAACCUGGGAGACGUGAAUACAGCCGUGACUUCCUGCUGCAGUUCCGCUUUUGCGAUGUUGCCUGUGAACGACCACCGCAGCUGGUCCUCCUGGAAGGUGUGACAGAUGCUAAACCAGACCGCCCUGCACACUGGCCCAAGCCUGCUGCCAUGGUGAAAGACCCUGAUCCCCAGCCAUUCAUCCCAAGGUGUUCAGGUGUUAUCCAGCAUGGCCUCAACCUGACCUCUGUCUACAGCCACUUCUUGCCACAGAGGGGACGCCCAGAGGUCACAACAAUGCCCAUGGGGCUUGGAGCUACUGUUGAUUACAUUUUCUACUCAGCAGAGCCUGUGGAGAGCAAGGCGGGUCGCAGGCUGUACAAGGAUGGAGCCCUGAAGCUGCUUGGCCGUCUUUCUCUUCUCUCUGAAGAUGUCCUCUUGAUGGCAAAUGGCUUACCAAAUCCUUUUUGUUCAUCUGAUCAUCUCUGCCUACUGGCUAGCUUUGGCUUGGAGAUCUCCAGCCUCAGAGAGAGUUAGUGUUGGUUCUCUUUCCCUAAAGAAAAGUUGUUCUGAAAACAGCAAUUGAGACUCUGGAUUGCACAACCUGCUUGCAAGAAAACCCUUUUCCUUGUCAUGUCCUAAAAGUCCUUUUCUCCCCUCACACCCUCACUAAACGCAGGGAUGGGAGAGUUGGAGUGCUUUUUGCAUUGGUAUUUUCUGCAUCUCUGCAAACCUGAGCUGUGUUCCCCAUGGGCUGCCAGGUGUCAGCAUCUCUUUAAGAGACCUUGUUCCACUGCCUUGGUUGGCAGGUGUUUUUGUGCUGCAGGAAC